AUGGCGUCAAGAGGAGCUCCCCGCGGACGCGGAGGAGGCGGCUUUGGCCGAGGAGGAGGCAGAGGCGGCUUCCAGCAGCGCGACUUCGGCCCGCCGGCCAGCGUGGUCGAGAUGGGCAAGUUUGUGCACGCGUGCGAGGGCGAGAUGUUCUGCGAGUCCAUCAACCCCAAGAUCCCGCACUUCUCCGCCCCGAUAUACCUCGAGAACAAGACGGCCGUCGGCAAGGUCGACGAGAUCCUCGGUCCCCUGAACCAGGUCUUCUUCACCAUCAAGCCUUCCGAGGGCAUCCAGGCCGGCGCCUUCAAGGCCGGCGACCGCUUCUACAUCGCCCAGGAGAAGCUCCUGCCGCUCGAGAGGUUCCUUCCCAAGCCCAAGCCCCCGCCCGGAUCCGUCCCCAAGGUCAAGAAGCCUGCCGGCGGACGCGGAGGUCGCGGCGGCCCUGGUGGUCGCGGCAGGGGAGGCCCCAGGGGUGGUGGUGGCUUUGGUGGUCGCGGCGGCGGUGGUGGGUUCAGCCGUGGUGGCGGUGGGUUCUCAAGGGGUGGCGCCCGUGGCGGUGGUGGCUUUAGCCGCGGUGCUGGCUCAGGUGGCUUCUCGAGGGGUGGUGGUGGUCGUGGCAGGGGCGGUGGUGGCUUCAGCAGGGGCGGCAGGUGA